GUUGAUGGAGUCCAGCUUUGAAAUGAGGCAGUUCUAUCUCUGAAGAUGUGUCAAAAAAGUCUGGAAUGAGAUCUUAGAUGAAACAUCUAAUGACAGGUCUUUCUAGACAAUUUUCUAUGUCAUGCCAAUCUUAUUUAGCAGUGGCGACAGCUGGAUUUUUUUUUGUGGAGAGCGAAAAGAAAAAAUUGCUCAUACAAAUACCUCCAUAUUUAUUUACAAUAAAGAUAAUCUUAAAUAUAUUAUUACUAGGGGAGUUUGCCCUCUUACAGGUGCCCAAGAGUGUGUGCUUUGGAAAGUGUCACACACGCACUCCAUCAAAGUAGAUGUGGGUAUUUGGUAAAUAUUUAAUAUGUACUUACCAUUUCACGUGUUCUAUUUUACUCACAUGAAAUCUAAACCACAUGGUUGGGCUGCCAAAACUCGUUGAAUUUAUGCGUAAUGUAAAACAAUGCGUAAUGAACUUUGACCGCAAGUCCACGACAAAGAAUUAAAAUAAGGUUGUCGUUUGUCAAACUUUGUACUUUCAACAUCACUUGAACAGGACAUAUUAAUAUUGCUUGUUUUCCGAUUUACAAUUCAAGCUUUUCUAAACUUGGUUUAGUGAUCGUCCAAGAUCAGAAUAUUUUCAGUAAUACACAGAGCAUCUGCUGUUAGAUGUCAAGUGAGAGCAUUUUACAAUUUCUAAGUCAACCAGCCACUCUUGCCAGCCUUGCAGCUAUCACUGCAGCAGGAAUGAUGUUUGCUACACGACCAACUCCAAUGAAAUGCCCUGUUGACCCUAAUCAGCAAUCUGUUGAAGUACCUGAUGAAAAUGGGGCAAGAAGAAGUGCUUUAAGCGAGAAGCUAGUUGAUCAGUAUUUUGAAGGUGUCGAUACAUUGUAUGAAGGAUUCAAGCGAGGCUUAUCUUUAGCAGGUGACAAACCUUGUCUUGGAUGGAGAAAAGAUUAUGAUCAAGAAUUUCAAUGGUUAACAUACAAAGAGGUUGAUGAACGUGCUCUGUCAUUUGGUUCUGGAUUACUUGAUCUUGGUGCAAAAGCUGGACCAGAGACAUUUAUUGGCAUCUACUCUCAAAAUAAAGUUGAGUGGGUUUUAGCUGAACAAGGAUGCAAUCGUUUCUCCAUGGUUAUCAUUCCACUUUAUGAUACACUUGGUCCUGACGCAUGUACUUUUAUUAUCAACCAAGCACAGAUCAAAAUCAUUGUGUGCGAUGAACAAAAAGUGGAAACUUUGUUGAAAAACAUCGAUAAGUGUGAAGGUUUGAAAUAUAUCAUAAAGAUUGGUGAAAGUGUCCCGGAAGACGAACAGGAACAAGCACAAAAACAUGGCGUGGAAAUCCUCACUUUUAUGGAUGUUGAAGAACGUGAUCCUAAAGGUGUUAUGAUUACUCACGCCAACAUGGUCGCAGAAGUCUCGGCUAUUCAGUUUUUGUUAGAAAAAUGCAACGAGCGGAUAGGCAAUAAUGAUGUUCAUAUUUCUUAUUUACCGCUUGCUCAUAUGUACGAACGUGCAGCUCAUUUUAUGAUGUUUUCCACUGGAGCUCGAGUGGGAUUUUUUACUGGUAACAUACGAAAAAUCACUGAAGACUUGAAAGCCUUGAGACCGACAAUAUUCAUUUCUGUUCCAAGAUUGUUAAACAGGAUUCACGAUAAGGUGAUGUCUGAUUUGGACAAAAGCUCUGUCAAGAAAUUCCUAUUUAACAUGGCGUUGUCGUCGAAGGAAAAUGAAUUAAGUCGGAACAUUAUUCGUCGUGACAGCAUGUGGGAUUAUAUUGUGUUCAAAAAAAUUCAGAAAACAUUAGGUGGUCGCAUUCGAUUGGUUCUUAGUGGAUCUGCUCCUCUCUCCGACAGAGUGAUGAAAUUUCUAAGAGCUGCUUUUGGAUGUUUCGUGUUUGAAGGUUAUGGUCAGACAGAAACUACUGCGGGCGCAACUUUACAGCUCGUGGGCGACGCAAGUGUUGGUCACGUUGGUCCACCUCUCCCCUGUAAUAUGGUGAAACUUGUUGAUGUUCCUGAUAUGGAUUACUACGCUAAAGAUGGAGCAGGAGAGGUAUGCUACAAAGGACCAAAUAUAUUCCAAGGCUACCUUUAUGAUGAAGAAAAAACGAAAGAGGCGUUUGAUGAGGAUGGCUGGCUCCAUUCUGGUGAUAUCGGUAAAUGGCUUCCUAGUGGGACGUUGAAAAUUGUCGAUCGUAAAAAGAAUAUUUUCAAACUAGCACAAGGAGAGUAUAUUGCACCAGAAAAAGUUGAAGAAAUUUACCACGCUUGUCCAAUUGUUCAUCAAGUGUUCGUCACUGGGGUCAGCACAGAGAGUUGUGUUGUUGCAAUUAUUGUUCCAGAAAUUGUCGAAGUGAAUAAGAAAUUUUCUGGUGAAAUGAAUGAUAUAUGCAGUAAACAGGAGGUUAAAGAACAUAUUCUUAAAGAGAUGAGUUCGUUUGCGAAGAAGGCUGAACUUAGAUCUUUCGAACAGGCAAAAGCUAUUCAUCUUCACCCGGAGCCAUUUUCUGUAGAGAAUGGUUAUCUAACUCCUACAUUCAAAAUCAAGCGACCUUUGCUAAAGAAGCUGUUUAUGGAGCAGAUUAAGGAGAUGUAUCAAAGUUUAAAUUAGUAAUAACGUCACAUAAAAAAAACAAUGGAAAUAAGAUAAAAAUUUACAUUGAUGAUUGAAUUUUGAAAUGAUUUUCAAAGGAAAACGUUAGUAAUAAAGACGACUAAAAUAAA